CUCGAACGACAUGUCUUCGUAGGGACUGGGAGAAAGCGGGAAGUCGAUGUGGUGUCCGGGGCUGCAUGUGCACCGCCGGCACUUGGAGCACAAUAUCUCGGGGGGGAUCCCUAUUUCAGUGUAAUUUGUGUGAUGAUGCAGGACGUGCUGGGAAAGGUCUAAAUAUGAGGUGCUUCCUCGGUCAACUGAUCGAGAUGGUGAGAGAAAUUGAAGGCUGUGGUGAGGGAACUUUGACUCCGGCAUGCGUGGGGGGUGCCAUAUCCCGAAUCUGUUGAUUGAAGUCUUUUGAGGUCGAUGAUGAUUCGGAGGAGAGGCUCCUCUUGGAUAGCACCCCCGAGAGAUCUAAAGUUAAAUUCAGCUAGGGCCUAUGGGCAACGCUUUAAUUGUCCGGUAGCUGAUAGACUUUGUGAUAAGGUAGCGACCUAAGCAUGCACAGCUGAAAACGGAUAGCCUCGACGACCAAGCGGCGCGUAACGUGCCCGCGGCGCAUGUACAGGAAAGGGGCAAACCGUUCCAGAGAGCGUCUUCUGGAUGGGGAUUGGGAAUUCCUGUAAGUCUGGAGAUUGAAUGAGACAUCAGUCAUGGGCGAUAAUGGAAUGAGGGGCAGUCGGCAGCCUGGCAACAGUCGGUGGUUUCUUGUCCUUACGCAGUCGACCCUCGGAACUCCACGUGCUUGGCAGUGAUCAGCAUGAACCCUGCACGGCUAGCCCUGUGCCCAAUCGAAGAUCUAGAUUGCCCGCAACCAGCCAUCAUCAACCCCACCCCGGUCUUGACUUGUCCACUUGCUCGCCUCACCUGGCUUUGCUGUGUUGUGCUGUGGUUGCCAACCCGUUGGCCAGACUCUUUUUCUCAAAGCUCUCUCUCCUCUCCCCGCCACAAUCGCCGCUCAAUCAACGUUUCCCCUCGUCCCAACUGCGCUUGCUUAACGACGCUUUCCGUAAUUCCUCCGUUCCUCGUCCGUCCCCCGAAUCCGAAUCCCAAGCUGCAGAUACACACCGACGCCGCGUCCUUUGCCGCUCGACCAAGGCCUGUUGGCCGCCCGCCGAUAACAACAACCCCUCCCUCUGUUUCCCUUUUGCUUUCCUAA